GUUUUGCUUGACAAGCUAACCCAUUUUUUUUCAAUCAAAGCUAGCUGGUCAACACCACAUUGAAACCAUAUAUAGCUAGCUACAUGUGUUUCUGUAAUUUCAAACGAUCUAAGUAAUGUUGCUGAUGUGCUAGCCAGCAAGUGUAUCGUUGGGCACAUUUGGAAUACAAUGCCAUCUUCGAUGGAAGGAUCUUCUAGAGAAGGUGAACCGUUUACUGUGAAACAUGAGCUGAAAAAUGCCAACCUGACCGGCCACGUAGAGAGGGUGGGAAUUGAGAACUUUGAGCUGCUAAAGGUGCUGGGAACUGGAGCCUAUGGCAAGGUGUUCCUGGUGCGUAAAGUGAGCGGUCAUGAUGCAGGUCAACUAUACGCCAUGAAGGUGUUGAAGAAGGCCACAAUCGUACAGAAGGCCAAGACAGCAGAACACACACGCACAGAGAGACAGGUUCUGGAACACAUCAGACAGUCRCCGUUCCUUGUCACCCUCCACUAUGCCUUCCAGACAGACACCAAGCUGCACCUCAUACUAGAUUAUGUGAACGGUGGGGAGCUCUUCACACACCUGGUACAGAGGGUUCGGUUCAAAGAGCAGGAGGUAUCUCUGUAUAGUGGAGAGAUAGUCCUGGCGCUGGAGCACCUACACACGCUGGGUAUAGUCUACAGAGACCUGAAGCUGGAGAACAUCCUCAUGGACUCCAGCGGGCACAUAGUGCUUACAGACUUUGGCCUCAGCAAAGAGUUUGAUGAGUUGGAGAGGACUUACUCUGUCUGUGGCACCAUUGAGUACAAUGGGGCCCCAGAGAUCCAGAGGGAAGGAAGAGCUGGCCAUGACAUGUCACCUCUCAGGAGGAUCUCGAAGAAGGACCCUCCGUUCCCCAAAGACAUGAGCCCUCUGGCCAAAGACCUCAUCCAGCGCCUCCUCAUCAAAGACCCAAAGAAGAGACUGGGCUCUGGGCCUGACGGAGCUGACAACGUUAAGAAACAUCCAUUCUACCAGAAGAUAAACUGGGAGGACCUGGCAGCUAAGCGGUUGCUCGCCCCGUUCAAGCCGGUGAUCAGGGAUGAGCUGGAUGUCAGCAACUUUGCGGAGGAGUUCACCGAAAUGGACCCCACCUACUCCCCUGCAGCGAUGCCUCAGAACUGUGACCGCGUCUUUCAGGGCUACUCGUUCAUGGCCCCCUCCUGCUUCAUCUCUCUCUGUGUCUCCUGGUUACAGGGCUACUCGUUCAUGGCCCCCUCCAUCUUGUUCAAGAGAAAUGCUGUGAUGGAUGACACGCUGCAGCUGUGUGGAGGAUCAAGAUCACAGAGACCAGGGUCUGCUGCUGUGGCCCGCAGUGCCAUGAUUAAGGACUCUCUGUUUUACAUGAACUAUGAGAUGGACCUGAAGGACAAUGCCCUUGGUGAAGGAAGCUUCUCUAUCUGUAGGCAGUGCACCCACAAGAAGACUGGACAGAUGUACGCUGUGAAGAUCGUCAGUAAGAGGAUGGAGGCUCAGACACAGAAAGAGAUCACAGCUCUGAAGCUCUGCGACGGCCACCCCAACAUCAUCAAGACUCACGAGAUUUACCAUGACCAGCUGCAUACGUACCUGGUGUUGGAGCUGCUGCGYGGUGGAGAGCUGCUGGAGAGGAUCCGGAGGAAACAGCACUUCAGUGAGACGGAGGCCAGCCGCAUCAUGAGGAGACUGGUGUCAGCCGUCAGCCACAUGCACGAUGUAGGAGUGGUACACAGAGACCUCAAACCAGAGAACCUGCUGUUCACAGAUGAGAGUGAGAACGCUGAGAUAAAGAUCAUAGACUUUGGUUUUGCCCGGCUGAAGCCCCCAGACAACCAGCUGCUGAAGACGCCGUGUUUCACCCUGGCCUACGCCGCRCCGGAGAUCCUCAAAUACGACGGCUAYGACGAGUCAUGUGACCUCUGGAGCCUGGGGGUCAUCCUGUACACCAUGCUGUCGGGUCAGGUGCCGUUCCAGUGUCAGGGGAAGAGUCUGGCCCGCACCAGUGCUGAAGAGAUCAUGAAGAAGAUUAAACAGGGAGACUUCUCCUUCGAGGGAGAGGCUUGGCGGAGUGUCUCACAGCAGGCCAAAGACCUCAUACAAGAGCUGCUGACUGUGGACCCUGACAAGCGGAUCAAGAUGUGUGGUCUGAGGUACAACGCCUGGCUCCAAGACGACAGCCAGCUCUCCUCCAACCCUCUGAUGACACCUGACAUCCUGGGUUCCUCCACCACCGUGUCUGUACACACCUACGUCAAGGCUACCUUCAAUGCAUUCAACAAGUGUAAGCGGGAGGGUUUCCGUCUGCAGACGGUGGACAAGGCCCCGCUGGCCAAGAGGAGGAAGUUGAAGAAGACCAGCACCAGCACAGAGACYAGGAGCAGCUCCGGAGAGAGCACCCGCUCCUCUUCCUCCUCCUCUCAGUCCCACCCGGACACCCGCUCCUCCUCCUCCUCCUCCCAGUCGCACCAGGACACCCGCUCCUCCUUCUCCACCUCUUCCUCCUCCACCUUGUCUCACCACAACACCCACUCCUCCUUUUCCUUCUCCCAGUCUCACCAGGACACCCUCUUCUCCUCCUCCUCCCUGUCCCACCAGGACACCCACUCCUCCUCCACCCUGUCCCACCAGGACACCCACUCCUCCUCCCUCCACCCUGUCCCACCAAGGAACACCCACUCCACCUCCACCUGUCCCACCAAGGAACAACCCCUCCCUCCCUCCAACCCUGUCCCAAACCAGGACAUCCACUCCUCCUCCUCCCGUGUCCCACCAGGACACCCCACGCUCUCCACCUGUCCCACCUAG